CCUGUCCUCGGGAAGGUCGCGUUUCCGGCGCCGGGCGAGUGGCGCGCGGCCGUCUCGGGGCUCGGGAUGACUGGCUACAGCCCCGACGAGAAGCUGCGGCUGCAGCAGCUGCGCGCCCUGCGGCGCCGCUGGCUCAAGGACCAGGAGCUGAGUCCGCGCGAGCCCGUCCUGCCCCCGCCGAAACUCGGGCCAGUGGCCAGCUUCUGGGAGCGCUUCCUGCAGCCGGGCUCCUUCUGGCGGCUGCAGACUUUCAAGCUGUACAAAGCUUGUGUAUUUACUGUAACUGGGAUACUUAUUCCUGCCUGGAUUGUUCACUACUAUGUCAAAUAUCAUGUAAUGAAAAUGCCCUAUGGUAUUAUUGAAGGGAAGCCCAAAGUAUUCCCAGGUGACAAAAUUCUAGAGACAGGAGAAAUAAUCCCACCAAUGGAAGAAGAGCCUACCGGUCAUCACUGAAGGUUAUAAACUCCAGCUUUGUUCCUAUAAAAAUGUGUUAACUAUUUCCAGAUAUGUAUAUAAAACAAUAAAGUUUCUUCCAGGAGA